ACCAUAAGCAACCUUGGAUCAUCACAAGAUCUCCCCAAUCCAACGGCCAGUAUCUCCCCGUAUCCCCCGCACCAUUUAGGUCCUCUUCUUUUCCACACGCCAUACCGAAUAUUCCGGACCAUUCAUCCUCAAUAUUACUUACGGCAAUCACAAUUUUUGUGUCAUCACCCUCUAAAUUCGAUAUCUGUUUGAUGGAUUGUUUCUCUUUCGCAUAUUCAACAAACCUUCACUUCAUUACUUCUGUUUAUUCCCACUUGUGUUUCAAAAGUUGUUUUGUUUGUAGUCAACCUUGUAGUUCCUUCUAGCGAUAUUUCAAUCUGAGCUCUCAUCAAUGGGUAAACAACGUAGUUCACAGCGUAAGAAUGCUGCAAUGCUCGACAGUGAUGACACGGAUAGUGUGAGUUCAUCGUCGACGAUUCGGUCGGAUUUUGUGAUGAAUUUUGCUGUGGAGGAUGUGCUGCUUGAGAAAGAAAGUGUGUUGGAUCAAAGUUUGGAUGCUUUGUAUGAGAAGAGAGGGUCCACGAGGGAGAAGGCAUUGGUGGAUAUUAUCGAGGCUUUCAGUAGCAGCUUACCACACGAAUUUGUUGAAAAAAAAUUUGCAACAUUGCUUCAUCAAUGUUUGAAUUCUGUAAAGAAGGGCUCUGCAAAAGAGAUAGCUUUAGCAUCUCAUGCCAUCGGAUUACUAGCCCUAACUGCUGGCCCGGGUGAGAAAGCACAAGAAAUAUUAGAAGAGUCGGUUACUCCCAUCUCUGAGGCUCUGAGAUCUCGUUCUGAAGCAUCAAAGACAGCAUCGUUACUUGAGGGAUUAGCUGUGAUUGCGUUUGUUGGUGGAAAUGAACCAGAAGAAACUGAGAAAUGCAUGCAAAUAAUGUGGCAAGUGGUGCACCCGAAACUUGGCCCCAAUGUGGUUGCCACCAAGCCAUCACCAGGAAUAAUAACAGCUGUCGUAUCAGCUUGGUCAUUUCUUCUUACAACGAUGGAGGGGUGGACACUUGAUCCUAAAAUCUGGCAAGAGUCGGUUUCUUAUUUUUCGACUCUUUUAGAAAAGGAUGACAGAUCGGUGCGAAUUGCAGCCGGUGAAGCACUUGCUCUGAUAUACGAGAUGGGGAGUUUGGAGAAGUUUUGUGGUUCUUCUAAAGUUGUUAGUGACAGUUCCACCAAUGGUGAUAUUAGUUCCCGUGAUGUUAAUCAUAUACACGGUUUGAGAGCCAAAGUGGUUAAUCAAGUGCGGGACCUUUCUGCUGAGGCGGGCGGGAAGGGUUCUGCCAAAAAGGAUCUCAAUAAUCAGCGAAACACUUUCCGAGAUAUUUUGGAAUUUCUGGAGGAUGGUUACGCCCCCGAAACCUCGGUGAAAAUCGGUGGGGAGACACUUACCACUACUAUGUGGUCCCAGCUAAUCCAGUUGAACUUUAUAAAGCGAUUUCUCAGUGGAGGAUUUGUCAAGCACAUGCAGGAAAAUGGAUUUCUUCAUGAAGUGUUUAACUUCACACCAAAGAAAAAGAAUCUAUUGGGCGCAGAUCGCGUUUCAGGGACAGACAAGAGGAUGUACCGAUCUCCUAACUCUAUUCUUAACAAGGCAAGGACCCAGUUUCUGAACAAGCAGCGAAUGAUGUCCCAGGAUAGAAACGCCGGGCACUAUGCAUCUGGGUUUGGCGAGGAUUAAAGAUUGCAGCAUCAAAAUAUGUUGGCGUCGGCUAAUCAUUGCUCAUCCAAGAUGAUUUAUAUUACGAUUAUUGGGUUUAGUUAGGAAUUCAUUUGUGCAAUUACAAUGAAAACUUUAGAUUAUUGUAUCUUAUUCUUAUAUACUUGCAUUAAUUGCUUACAACCUUAUAAAUUCUUGUGUUUGGAACUGUGAAUAAUCCUGCUUAGACUGAUCUUUGAUUUGGUUCU